AGGUACCCCUAUCCCCGGCCUGCCCCGCCGGGCUGUCUCUGCCGGACCUGCGGGAUGGGAGGGAGGCGCGUGGCGAAGCGGGAAAGGGCGCGCGCCGGGCUGGGGAAAGCCGGGCUCCUCUCCCUCCUCUGCCGAAGGCUGCUGGCCCAGGUGUUGGCACUAAGGCAGGCCGUGAACUGGGUCACAAACCCGACCUUAAUUUAAAGAUAAAAUCAGAUUUUUUUUUUUUAAUCAUCACAAUUUUUUAGGUUGAGUCAGCUUCCUGGGCUGAUUCAGUGUAUGGGCAGCGAGGGGAGAAACUCGUGGCUGGAGCUGCUGCACGUGGUGGAAGUGGUGGCUGAAAGCGUUAAUAAAGCUGCUUGCUAAUUAGAAGAUCUGUGAAAGCUCUAAUUAGAACAUCUGUAAUAACUCGUGAGUUAUAAUUUGGUCAUUCUUAUCUUGAUGGAGCAUUUAUUUUAAUGCUGAGGUGUUUCAGGUGCCUUUGGGUGGAUGCAUUUCUCCUUGAGCCUUAGAAACUGUAUUGUGUGCGGGGUAGAUUUCUUAGGUAAGAAGUAAACCUUUUUGGAAAUGGAUUCAUUCUUGUACAGCAGCACUUGGAAAAAAAGCUCUGUGGGUCACUAUUGCUCAAUCAGCUUCAGGAUUUUACUGCAAAAAGAGCAGGCUUUUAGGACACUGAUAAUUAGAUGACUUUAAUACUGUAAUUUUCUGUGCACUUAUCAGAACCACAUUUACAUCCUGUUACAUACUGGAUGUGCUUGUGUAUAUAGCUGUUCUUGAGUCUAACAGACAUGAUAAAAGGCAUUUGCCCUCCCCCUCCCAGCCUUUAGAAUCACAAUGAUGAAAGGCUGAAAUAUGUGGGAAGACAGAUUUUUGAACGUUAGCGGAUAGUUCUGUCCCUAACGCUGACAAAUAGGGUGAGGAAAGAUAGAAUAUUCCUAAGAAACUCUGUAAUGACACUAGUUUGACAGGUCUCAAAAGCAUCUUGCCAAAUUACUUUUCUCUACAGAAGAAGCAUGUCUCAUAUGCAGGACUCCACUGAGUUCCUUAAGUGAAUAUGGUAGCUGAGUCAGUAGCAGCAACUGUUUAUAGUUCAGUCUUGUUAGAUGACCUUUCCCAUCUUCUGGUGAGAAGUUCGAGCUUCCCCUCCAGCCUCUUGCUGGUAUUUUUAUCUCGCUUUCCUUGUCUCAAACAUCCCUAUGCUGCCUAACUAGCUUUCUGUGUCUUCUCUCAGAUGCUCUCAGGGCUUUACUUUCACUUCUUUCAGUUUCUUUUCCUCUUGUCUACAGAGGUCCUGGAAUUUGCAUUAAUUUUCAAUUCCUUUCUGGCGAACUUGAGCUUCUGUUAGAAAGAGGGUUUGAUGCUGCUUGUACGGAGCUGGUAGAUUGCUAGACUCAGCCCAGCUUGUAACUUCUGUAUAGAAUUGUAACUGAUUGAAUAAGCAGAUCUUGGCUCAAAUCACUGCCCUCCCUGGUCUUGUUACUGUCAGCUGAAAGUAAAAAUCGUGAGUUUUGUUCUUCCUCUCUUUGCCACACUUUGCUGCACCUAACUUCGCUCAUUUAAGCUAAGAAGUCAUAAUUAGCAUCUUAUUUAUUGUUAGUGCUACUGAGAGCUUUGUAGCUCUUCCUCCCAGGUAUGUUGCAAAACCACAGUAAAAAAAAAAAACCUUACAAGUUUGGAGAGCAUCCUUUCCUGUCACAUUUUCUGCAUCAAAACCCUCUAAAGCCUGUUUACAAUGCCAAGCAAAAUUUAAUCAUGUAAUUGCCAUAAAAGUGUUUGUGGCUUCUUACAACUAAGAGUGGUAUACAGGAAAAGUAGUACAUUAGAAGUAUUAAAUGACUGUGGCUUCUUUAAAUCCAUUUUUAAUGAAGCCUUCUUUUACCAUCUCUGUUUUAUUUCCAUCUUCUUUCCUGCAAGUGGAUGGAGUUAAAAAAUAUUCUUACAAUGCUAUCUGUUGAGGGGGGGGGAAACAACUCCAAGCCAAACGAAAUCCAGCUAAACCCACAAAACUCACAUACUGUGGAUUAUGUUUCAGACAUGGAAUCAUAGGAUGUUAAGUGGUUGGAAUGGACCUUAAAGAUGAUCUAGUCUCAACAUCCCUGCCAUGGGCAGGGACACCUCCUGCUAGACCAGGUUGCUCAAGGCCUUAUCUAACCUGGCCUUGAGCACUGCCAGGAUUGGGGCAUUCACAAAUUCUUUGGGCAACCUGUUCCAGUGUCUCACCAUCCUCACCGUAAAGAAUUUCUUCCUCAUAUCUAACCUAAGUUUCCCCUCUUUGAGUUUGAACCCAUUCCCCUUGUCCUAUCACUACAGUUCCCGAUGAAGAGUCCCUCUCUCUGGCUUCCCUGUAGGCCCCCUUCAGAUACUGGAAGUUUGUUACAAGGUCUCCACUCAACCUUCCCUUCUCUAGCCUGAACAGCCCCACCUUUCUCACCCUGUUUUCAGAAGGGAGGUGUCCCAGUCCUUUUAUCAACUUCGUGACCCCCUCUAGACUUGCUCCAACAGUUCCAGCUCCUUCUUAUGUUGGGGGCCCCAGAACUCUGGAUGCAGCACUCCAGGUGGGGUCUCGCCAGAGUGGAAUAGAUGGAGAGAAUUAACCUCCCUCUCCCUGCUACCCAGAGUGCUUUGGAUGCAGCCCAGGAUUCUUUUGGCUUUCUGAGCUGCGCGUGCACAUUGCCAGCUCAGUGCUGGGUGUUUCAACCAUCAGCCCGAUGUUGGUUAUAAAACUGGAAAGCUAUGGGAUGGGCCUGGCAGGGAGCAGGGCUGACAGCUCGGCCCCAGAGCUGUGUCCCGCUCGCGCCGCUCCCUCCUGCUCCGGGACUGCCGCUCCCUCCUGCUCCGGGACUGCCGCUCCCAGAAGCGCCCGGGCCGAAAGUGAAAACAAGCGCCAGGUUACGCUCCUGUUUGUGCCCUCCCCUCUCCUCCCUCCCGGCGGGCCGCACGUGUCCUUCCUUUCCCUUUUGUUUUCCGCCCGCAGGCCCGCUGCGUGCUUGGAGCUUGGGACGCGCCCGCCUCCGGAACCGGGACCCUUCGGAGGUGCUCCCGGGAGCCGCCACCCGCUUCUCCGGAACCGCCGGUAAGCCGCGAGAGUGACGGAGCCGGGAGUCCCCAGGCUGCGCGGCGAAAGUUUGCUGCUUCUCCCCGCGGUUCCCACAUGCGAGUGGACGGCGUGAGACAGGCUGCUGCUGCUCUUCGUGCUGCUCCCGCCGCUCCCUCGGGUGCCGGGGGACCAGCGCUGCCCCCACGCCCGCCGCCACACCUGCGUCCGGCCCUGGAGCUGCCCCGCGGGUCCGCCUGGCCAUGUGGGACUAGGAGAAGUGCGGCCAUUCUCCGGGGCGAACAUGGAUGCGGGCGAGGAGCAGAGCCAUCCCGGCAGCGGCAGGGGGGACGCCCCCGGGCACGCCUCCAUGGACCGCUACCUGCGAUCUCAGGGCUUGUAUAGGAAGAAGGUGGCCAAGGAUGGAUCCUGCCUUUUCAGGGCUGUGGCCGAACAGGUGUUACACUCUCAGUCUCGGCAUAUUGAUGUUAGGAUGGCUUGUGUAGACUAUCUUCGGAAAAAUAGGGAGAAAUUUGAAGCAUUCAUAGAGGGGCCAUUUGAAGAGUAUUUAAAAAAUUUGGAAAAUCCACAGGAAUGGGUUGGACAAGUAGAAAUAAGUGCCCUUUCUCUUAUGUACAAAAAAGAUUUCAUAAUAUACCAGGAACCAAAUGCUUCUCCUUCACGUGUAACUGAAAAUGGCUUUUCUGAUAAGGUAUUGCUGUGCUUCUCAAAUGGAAACCACUAUGAUAUUGUUUAUCCCAUAGAGUAUUCAGAAAAAGCUGCACUGUGCCAGUCUCUGCUGUAUGAGUUGCUUUAUGAGAAAGUAUUUGAUGUGGAUAUAAAGAAAAGCAUGGCAGAACUUAGUGCUGUUGGAGGGACCGGGGAAAGUAAUGGUAGCAGUGAAGUAUCUGCUUCGGAUUCAGAAGAUGACACCUACAGAAGUAAAGCUACAACAGUUACUGAUAUGAAUGGAAUGAAAUCUCUUUCUGGCACCAAGCACCUUGAGAGCAAUGGGAAUCCUGCCUUGUUGGCCAUACCUAAAAAGGUUCUUAAAUCACUCGAUCCAUUGGUUUAUAGAAACAUUGAAUAUGAUGUUUGGCUCCAAUCCAAAUUGGAUCAGCAGAAACAGGAUUUCUCUAUUGCUGCUGGCAUGCAAUACUCUGUGGGAGAUAAAUGUAAAGUGCGCUUAGAGCAUAAUGGGAAAUUUUAUAAUGCCCACAUUCAAGAAGUUCAUUCAGAGAGUGGGCCAGUUGUUGUAUUUGUAGAAGAGCUUGGAGCAAAGCAUGCUGUCUCACUGAAGAGCCUUAAACCUCUUCCACAGACCUCUCCUAUGGAGGGCUGGAACACUGUGCCAGGGAAGAAGAUAAAGAAGUUUUUCCCAACAUGGGGGCAGAACGCUCAGCCUGAUGCAGAGUGCAGAGGGCCAAAGAAUCAGAGCAAGUCAAUAAAACCCCAGUCAGCACUACCUCCUCGACUUCAGCAUACUGUCGGAACCAGGCAGCAUCAGUUCUUGUGUUCUGGACCCCAACCUCAUCAGACCUCAACUGAGCCAAAAGCUCCAGGCAGGAAUCCUUCCCAGUCUAUAAGGAAGGCAGAGCGGGAGAGAGGUGAGGAUGUGAACCAUGGCAGCAGAGAUUGUAACUACUUUGGCCUGUCUCCAGAGGAGCGCAGGGAGAAGCAGGCUAUAGAGGAAUCUCGUUCCCUUUUUGAGAUCCAGCAGCGGGAUGAACAAGCUUUUCCUGCUCUUUGCAAUAAUCAGUCUGUCUGUCAGGCUGCUACACAGACUAUGGAUAAUUUAAACCAGAAAAAGUUCUCAAAUAAUGAAAGAAGAAACAGCAAGUGGACAGCAGAGGUGGAAGAGCAGAAGGAAAAAGAGUCAAAUUCCAGGCAGAUCCACUUAAGUCAGAAGCUUGAGCCAAAUUCAUCUGAGAAGAAUAGUCAAGAUGAGAGCUAUCCAAAAGCUUCGUCUCCUUUGGAACAAGUUAAAACAGAUUCUUCGAUGCUUGCCGAGCAAGUAAGAAAUGUUUGUUUGAUUUCAAAGUUUUCCAGUCAGGAGACUUCAGACAAAGGGGAGCUUCAUCACAGCCACAACCUGGCGGAAUGCUUACCGAGCGUAACUCCAACACCCUCCCCAGUCUUCUCUGAGGUGCAUUUACCUCCAGCAGUGCCUUCUGUACCAACCAUCGUGCCAGCUUGGCCAAGUGAGCCAACAACCUAUGGACCAGCAGGUAUUCCAUCCCAAAUACCUGCUUCUUCAUUGAUGCCAGGACCAGCAGCGGGACCUGAAUCUGUUGUAUCACAGGCUCAGGUAACAUCUGCUUCAGUUGCUGGAGUUCCUGUGUGGCUACAAGCAGUUAACCAGCCUUUAAUGCCUUUGCCUCAGACUCUGAAUCCUUACCAGGAUCCGCUAUAUCCCGGAUUCCCUUUAAGUGAAAAGGGAGAAAGAGCCGUUGCACCCUCUUACUCCCUGUGCAAUACCGGGGAAGACUUACCUAAAGAUAAGAAUAUUCUUAGAUUUUUCUUCAAUCUUGGCGUGAAGGCAUACAGUUGUCCCAUGUGGGCACCCCAUUCUUACUUGUACCCCCUACACCAGGCCUAUUUAGCUGCUUGUAGAAUGUACCCGAACGUGUCCCUCCCUGUGUAUCCGCACAGCCCCUGGUUCCAGGAGGCUCCCCCAGCUCAGAACGAAGGCGAAGCUGUGCGACCCAACAGGCACUUUGGUGUUCAGAGCGAGGCCAGAUCCAAUGGCCAAAUUCCACAGGUUGACAGCAGAUCUCCGUUGCUGCCUCUGAUUAUACCCACAGCUCAGGUGUCAGAAAGCCAAGGGCAGGUCUGUGUAGAAGCGGAGAAUUCAGCGCAAGCUCUUCAUGCAAACUACGAGGAGUCACUGAGAGGGAAAAAUAUGUUCCCGCAGCCACCCUUUGGACACAACCACUUUCUAGGAGCUGUUCCAAUAGCGCCUCCUUUCUUUCCUCACUUUUGGUAUGGGUACCCAGUUCAGGGUUUCAUUGAGAAUUCAGUAGGGAGACCCAAUGUUGUCAUGUCACCUGAGGACAAAGAGGCAGCAGCUGGCACCUCUGCCAGCAUGUACAUGGGCAAAGAAAGUAGCGCUCUGGUGCCUGGGGCGAACUGUGUGGAGCAGCUCCAGAAGAACAACAGCAGUGGCAGCUCCAACACCAUCCCUUUCCCUGUGGCUGGUGCGGGCAGCCAGUGCGGUGCCCCAAAAGACACUUCAGCCAGGGCACCUCAGCUGGAGCAGACUUGUCCUGUGGCUUCACCCAAGCAGAAACCAGCUGGGCAGCAGCACCACACUCCACAGGCACAGGGCACGGAGAGGCCGCCAGCAGCGCCCAGCUCUCAGUCACUGCUGGCAGAGCCUCCAAGAAACGAACUGAAAACCAGCAUUCCCGGCCGCAAGGAGAAGACUGGUAAAGGUAGGGAUUCCAAGGGUGUUGGUAAUCUGCAUAUGGAAAGCAGGGCACAGAGAACGAGGGAAGAGAGCUCCGAGGAUGAGAGUGAAGUUUCCGACAUGCUGAAGAGUGGUAGAUCCAAGCAGUUCUAUAACCAGACUUACGGAGGAGGCAGAAGGCCUAGACUGGAGAGGGGUUAUUCCAGCAGAGGAGGAUACCAGUUCCAAAGAAAUGAGGAGGCCUGGAAAGGACCACCUGGCAGAAGCAGAGAUGACAGCUACCAGUAUCAGCGAAACUUCAGAGGGCAGCCAUUCAGGAACGACAGGAGAAGGGCAGCACUCGGAGAUAAUCAGAGGGGGCAGCAAGCAUAGAGUGAGUGGAUAAUUGAGAAAUUUGAAAUGCAAAAUAUAAUUUAAAGUAGCAGUUUAAAAUCUUAAUUUCUUUUUAGUCAAGUUCAAGGAUAUGUUGAACUUUUCGUGAGUGAAGACUAGGAGGACGUGAAGUCUUAACAUAGGGUUUUUGGGGGUUUGUUUGGCUUAGCAGUUUUUCCUCAAUGUCAAAUUAGAAAAAAAACCAAUCUAGGUUUAGUGUUUUGGUAAUUUUUUUCCCCACAAAGGUUUGCGUUUGUGAUAGAAGAUGGGUAUGUAUGUUUACUAGAGUGACAAAUUAUAGCAUUUGACGUGAUUUAGAUUAUAAAAUUGACGAUAAUAUUGCACCAAAUAUAAAUGUAUAUUUUAUCAUACAAUGCCUUAGUUCUGAACUGAGCUAAAGGAAUUCUCAGCCUACUGCACUGUUGUCUCUGAUGCUUCCAACCCAAAGGCCUUUCAUCUCAAAAAGAAAAAAUAUCUGUCAAACUUGAAUGUUUCUCUUGUGUAUUACACAUAUGGCAGCCAGCUAACCCUGUGUCUUAGGUAUGUUGUAUAUAGUUCUUUUCAUAAUCAUAGGGUAUAUUUUUGAAAUUUAAAAAGCAUUUAUUUGGUGAAAUCAAAAUCAAGACAAGCAGUCAAGAAAUACCUGUGUAUGAACUGAUAAGAAUGGCUGUUUCCACCAUGGAUUCUUCUUAAAGCUGGUAUGACUAGAAUGGUGCCUAUACCAACUGAAUAAUUACAAAGACAAUAAAAAUGUAGAUGCUAUGCAUUUCCAAAAUAAUUCUGCAUCUGUUAUAAUAGCAGAAGUUUUUUUAAUGCCACUUUAACACUAAUGCACUGACAAAUCCUAGAUAUUUUGUGAGGAGAUGCAUAAAGUACGUGUUACGUUUUUUAAGUUUGUACGAUUGAGCUACUGUUCAGUAUUCCUUUGUUGUUGCACUGUUGAUGUUUUGCAUGUACAGCUCCUUGCUGGAACUACUUUAAAAAGCAAGGUGGGGAGUCUCUGUGUGCUCUGCUCUUCCCUACAAUUCAGAAGAAAGUGGCUUCUGCCUUAUAUUUUUACACUGUGUCAGAGUUCUGAUGCUGUUUCUUCUGACCCCGAUUACAAUCUCUGCAGUGUUCCUGUUGCCUUUGCCAUUUGGAUGUUCAGCUGUCCAGACCUGGAGAGUGCAGUGUGCACAGUAUUCACUCAGCUCUGUUGCUCUGUAAAAUUUACCUGUUGUGUAUAUUUUUAUAUCUCUGUAUACAGUAGCAUAGGUGAUGGUACCCCUUCAUUCGUGUCUGAGAUUGUGCACCCUUGGUGAGGAAACCAGAGUGAUAGUUACAUGAUAAAGAGUUUGUUUUCAGAUGCAUGCUGUGUAUAAACCCCUAAUUAAAAUAAACGUUUGUCUUUUCACUUUCUUUCUA